UGUCCCCUCCUCCUCCGGCGCCCGCUCCCGCUCCCUGGGGCCCCCAGCCCGGCCGGGCGCUGACAGCAGGGGCGGGGGGUCCCCGCCGCCGCUGCAGUGUCUCGCGCAGGCUCCGGCUGGGGCAGCGGAGCCCCCGGUGCGGCCAUGAACCGGCCCCUGGCGGCGUCGGCGGAGGCGGAGGAGGAACUGGAGUGGCAAGUGGCGAGUCGCAGAAGGAAGGCCUGGGCCAAGUGCCGUAGCUCCUGGCAGGCGUCGGAGACUGAGGAUCUGUCCACUGAAGCGACGACGCAGGACGAGGACGAGGACGACGACGAGGACCUCCCCGACGCGAAGCUCCCGGCGGCCGCGGGCCGAGGAAACGUGCCGAACGAGAAGAUCGCGAUAUGGCUCAAGGACUGCCGUACACCUUUGGGAGCCUCACUGGAUGAGCAAAGCAGUAGUGCACUGAAGGGUGUGCUUGUGAGAAAUGGAGGAAGUUUUGAAGAUGAUUUGUCAUUGGGAGCUGAAGCCAAUCAUCUCCAUGAAAGUGAUGCUCAAAUUGAAAAUUGCAAUAUCUUGGCCAAAGAGAGAAGACUCCAGUUUCAUCAGAAAGGGAGAAGUAUGAAUUCCACUGGAUCUGGAAAAAGCAGUGGCACUGUCUCAAGUGUUUCAGAAUUAUUGGAACUUUAUGAGGAAGAUCCUGAAGAAAUUCUUUAUAAUCUAGGAUUUGGAAGAGAUGAACCAGAUAUUGCUUCUAAAAUUCCUUCAAGAUUUUUUAAUUCAUCAUCAUUUGCCAGAGGGAUAGAUAUUAAAGUAUUUCUGAGUGCUCAGAUGCAACGGAUGGAAUUAGAGAACCCAAAUUACGCAUUAACAAGCCGUUUCCGUCAAAUUGAAGUGCUUACUACUGUGGCCAAUGCAUUUUCUUCUUUAUAUUCCCAAGUCUCUGGUACUCCUCUGCAGAGAAUUGGAAGUAUGUCCUCAGUGACCUCUAACAAGGAGACAGAGUCGCCUCCACCUUUAACUCGAAGUAACACUGCAAAUCGUUUAAUUAAAACACUAUCAAAACUAAAUUUAUGUGUUGAUAAAACGGAGAAAGAAGGUAGUAGUCCUUCCCUUGCAGCUGAAAAAGGAAAAAUUCUGAAUGUUUCAGUGACUGAAGAAGGUGGCAGUAAAAAUGAUACAAAGUCUCAAAAAAUUGUAAAGAAGAAAGACUCAUCUUCUGUGUUGGCUACAGUUAAAGAAGAAGUCUCAGGUAGCUCAGCAACAGUCAUGGAGAACGCUAAUACUGACCAACUUUCUGAUGAAGCAAAUACUAAUUUGAACAAGGAAAUGGAAAGUGAACACAGUAAAGAAACUCAAAGGCAUGGUAUGCCACAUCAGAAAUCUGGUAUUAUAGAAUCUGACUUAGGGAGUGAUUUCAACAUGUCCAGCCACACUGAGCUAGAAGACAGCAGUGAGCUGAAAAACAUCCAUAUGUCCGCAUCUGAAAAAGAGCCUUAUGCACCACUGACAAUCCCAUGCAUAAGAAAUAUAAUGGCACAGCAGAAAGACUCCUUUGAAAUGGAAGAGGUUCAGAGCACAGAGGGAGAAGUUCCUCAUGUUCCUGCCACUUACCAGCUAGGACUCACCAAGUCCAAAAGAGAUCAUCUGUUACGUACUGCGAGUCAGCAUUCAGAUAGCAGUGGGUUUGGUGAAGAUUCUGCAGACUGCCUCUCCCUGAAUCAUCUGCAGGUUCAUGAGUCCCUGCAAGCCAUGGGGAGUAGUGCUGAUAGUUGUGAUAGUGAAACAACAGUCACAUCAUUUGGUGAAGACCUUGUUACACCAACUGCUCAAGACCAGCCUUAUUUUAAUGAGUCAGAAGAGGAGUCUCUCACCCCUCCUCAGAAAGGAAGAACAAAGGCAGCAACAAAUGCUGACAAAAGAAAGUCAGAUAGCCAGGAUUUCCCUGAAUGCGAGACUGUGGAAAAUACAGAAAACCAACGUCCCACCCAUAGUUCAGUGGAUCACAUUACUAAAAUUACUGAAGUGGAUGAGGAUUUGUCCCUGGCACAGACAGUAGAGCUUCCAAAGGAAGCAAGUGGGGAAAGUGAUAUGGAUAAAAGCAGCGAAUGUGAGUUUGCCCAGUAUACCACACACCAUAUUCUGAAAUCAUUGGCUUCUAUUGAAGCCAAAUGUAACGUCAUGAGCUCUGAAAAUACACCCGGGUCUCCCUCUUCUGUGGACAGAGUUAAUAUAGCUUUGCAAAGAGCUCAAAUGAAAGUCUGCAGUCUGUCUAAUCAAAGAGUAGGGCGUAGCUUGAUAAAAUCAAAAGAUCUCUUAAAACCAAGGUACUUACUUGCAAAAGCUGGCUAUCCUCUAAGAAGAUCUCAGUCUUUGCCAACCACCUUAUUGAGCCCAGUAAGGGUAGUAUCCUCGGUCAAUGUCCGGUUAUCUCCAGGAAAAGAGACCAGAUGCAGCCCACCUUCCUUCACCUAUAAGUACACACCUGAAGAACAGGAAUUGGAAAAGGGGGUGACUGAGCAUGAUGGUCAGUCUUUAGUUAAAUCCACCAUUUUCAUCUCUCCAUUGUCUUUGAAGAAAGAAGAAGCCCCCCAGACUGAAGUGACACAUUUGGAAGAAUGCCAUCAUGGAAGGACUGCUGCCUGUCCACAGUGUGCUCCGGCACCAAUGUCUCAGUCCACCUGCUCCCUGCACUCUGUCCACUCUGAGUGGCAGGAAAGGCCCUUGUGUGAGCACACGAGAACUCUGAGCACUCACAGCGUUCCCAAUAUGUCAGGUGCUACCUGUAGUGCCUUCACUACCCCAUUUGGAUGUCCUUACUCACAUAGACAUGCUGCCUCCCCUUACCGAGCAUGCUCUGUGAAUCCUCCUUCUGCCAUAGAAAUGCAGUUGCGAAGAGUCUUGCAUGAUAUUAGAAACUCACUGCAGAACCUUUCACAGUACCCUAUGAUGAGAGGACCUGAUCUUGCUGCUGCUGCAUAUAGUACUCCAAAAUCAUCUGUUCUACCUCUUUAUGAAAAUACUUUUCAGGAGCUUCAAGUAAUGAGGAGGAGCCUAAAUUUGUUUAGAACACAAAUGAUGGAUUUAGAGCUGGCAAUGCUGCGUCAGCAAACCAUGGUUUAUCAUCAUAUGACUGAGGAGGAAAGGUAUGAAGCUGAUCAGCUACAGAGUCUGAGAAAUUCUGUCCGAAUGGAGCUGCAGGAUUUGGAGAUACAGCUGGAGGAGCGUCUCCUGGGCCUGGACGAGCAGCUUCGGGCUGUGCGGGCUCCUUCACCCUUCCGUUCUGCAGCACUUGUGGGAAUGUGUGGUAGCAGAAGCGCUGAUAACUUGUCAUGCCCUUCUCCACUGAAUGUAAUGGAACCAGUCACUGAACUGAUGCGAGAACAGUCAUACCUGAAAUCUGAAUUGGGCCUGGGACUUGGAGAAAUGGGAUUUGGAAUUCCUCCUGGAGAGAGCUCAGAAUCUGUUUUCUCCCAUGCAACCUCAGAGUCAUCUUCUGUAUGUUCUGGUCCCUCUCAUGCCCACAGAAGAACUGGAGUGCCUUCUGGUGACUCAGGGGGCAAACCCAGAGUCCCAUUAGUGGCAAGAAAGAAAGUAUUCCGAGCAUCUGUGGCCCUGACGCCAACUGCUCCUUCUAGAAUAGGAUCUGUGCAGACACCUCCAGAUGUGGAAAGCUCUGAGGAAGUUGGAGCAGCUGAAGAAACCUCACAGGUUAUGGUCCCUAAAUCGGAAGUAGAAGAGGGGCGAGGAAAUCUCUCACUGAUGCCUGCUGCUGAAGAAAUACAUAGAAAUGUGGAGCAGGAUGAAUUGCAGCAAGUCAUACGGGAGAUUAAAGAGUCUAUUGUUGGGGAAAUUAGACGGGAAAUUGUAAGUGGACUUUUGGCAGCAGUGUCCUCAAGUAAAGUAUCAAAUCCUAAGCAAGACAGUCAUUAAAUGGAAUUUGUAGAUUGGCGUGGAUCCUUUUAGCUGUGUAAUGUUGGGAGUUAUGGAUGAUAGACACUGGUGGAGGUGUUAUCUAUACUUUGGAAGACACUUCUGCUGAGCUGGGCUACUGUAUACAGUGUACAGUGUUCAUUUCUUCAAUGCAUAUCUUUAAAAAAUACAUAAAACUUAGGCACUUUGCUAAGUCUUUUCUAACUAUCAAAACUGUAGCAGUUUGAAAAGCCUAAUAUUUAUUUGUCUGUCAAUACUUUCCAGUUGAUUUCUUAUGUAGACUUAAUUAUAAAACUUGAAGACUUCCAGGCAUAACCAAUUUAAAUAACAUUUUUCUUCAGACUAGAUUCUUACAUCACUGACCUCUAUGAGGUAUUUACUGUGCAAUAACUGAUUCAUUUUUGAGAGCUUGAAGCAACCAAUGAUUUUCCCUCCACUGCUGUUACUUAGUGUCACUUCCAAGAAGACAAACUGUUGUGGUGUAAAAAUUGCUUUUAAUUCUUGAGAAGGCUAUUAACGGCAGUAGUAUAGAAUUAUAUGAGGUUACCUAGAACUACUUACUGUUCUUACACUGUAAGCCUUGCUGCUUUACCCCAAACAAAUGCAAUUUUAUUAUAGCUUACCUAGUAUUUUUCUUUGGGAAAUGUGCCUUAUGUUAAACACUAUGUAUUUUUUUCAUUGUCCAGACUUCUUACUACAAGAAGAUGUUUCUUCUUCUGUCUUUUAGACUAAAUAGUAGACUAUUGUCAAAGUAAUGGGGUCUGUGACUUGAAUGGAUAGAAAUGAAUAAGCUGGGUUUUGUAUUUCCAAAAUGGAAGUAAUUUAGAUUUGUUUUCCUCAUACAUAAGUGAUUUUAAUUCAGUUUUAACCAGUGAAAACUGUUUUAUGAAAGAAAAAGGAAAAUGGUUUCCUAUUUGGUUUUAUAUGUGUCAAAUAAAUGUAUAAAGUAGCAACCAAAUAUUAUUAUUCUUCUAGCAUUUAUAAUUUUCAACUCUUACUGUCUGUGUGUGAAAUUUUAAUCAAAAGUGGUUGAGACGUUGACAAUGUUCUUCGAAAGAAUAAAAUGUUUAUAAAUGUUUGAAAUAUCACGCAAAGGCUAAUUUCUAAAAAAAACCAUUAAAACAAUAAAAUAUUUAUUUUGCCUAAAA